GUUAUCAUCUAGGUGCUAAUAUUUGAAAAUUGAAGUUGUAUAAGCUUCUGGUUGGCGUAGACUAUCGUAGCCCUUUUUCUAACAGUGAUGGAACGUUGGGUUGGCAAAGUGGCCGUCGUGACCGGCUCGAGCUCCGGGAUCGGUGCAGCGAUCGCAAAGGAUCUGGCCAAGGCCGGCAUGAUCACCGUGGGUUUGGCGAGACGUGUAGAACGAAUUGAGGCGCUCAAGAAAGAGCUUCCGGCUGAUGCGGCCGCGAGGCUGCAUCCAAUCAAGUGUGACGUUUCGAGCGAGGCCGACAUUGAUGCCACCUUCAAGCAGAUCGAGGAAAAAUUCGGUGGCGUCGACGUGUUGGUCAAUAACGCUGGUAUUGUGCGUUCGAACAAUUUGCUCGAUCAGGGCAACGCAGCCGAUCUGCGAGCCGUGCUGGACACGAACGUCACCGGACUGGUACUCUGCAGUCAGUGGGCGUACAAAUCGAUGAUGGCCCGCUCCGUCGAUGGACACAUUGUGCACAUUAACAGUAUCGCCGGCCACGGAGUACCAAACUUCCCGAAGCUUAGCAUUUAUCCCGCGUCCAAACAUGCAGUUACAGCGAUUACGGAAACCAUGCGCCAGGAGCUGCGAGCCGCUGGAACGAAGAUCAAAGUGACGAGCAUCAGCCCGGGAGCAGUGAAGACGGAAAUCUUAGAACCACUUGAAGGCAUCGCGGAAAUGCCUAUGCUGCAAUCCGAGGACAUUUCACAGGCAGUUCUCUACGCGAUCGGUACUCCUCCGCGUGUGCAGGUGCACGAGAUCAUGAUUAAACCGGUCGGAGAACAAUUUUAGCACUUAGCUCAUGCAAUUCUG